AUGAUUGCCAUCGCCGGCACCAUAGGCACUGGACUCUUCUUAGGAACGGGCAAGUCGCUCGCGGAAGGCGGACCAGCUAGCAUGCUCAUCUGCUAUGCCAUCGUCGGAUCCAUUGUCUACGUCACGCUGCUAUUACUGGGAGAGAUGGCGACGCAGUACCCUGUGGCUGGUUCGUUCAACGCAUACACCACGCGGUUCUUUUCUCCGUCGUAUGGCUUUGCACUCUCUUGGAACUACUGGUUCAAUGACGCGGUAUCUGUUGCUUCAGACCUCACUGCGGCACAGCUCGUGCUCCAGUUCUGGACUGACUGGAACCCUUGGGUUAUCAGUCUGCUCUUCUGGGUAUUCCUCGUCUGCGUGAACGCCGCACACGUUAGUGCCUACGGUGAACUCGAGUAUUGGCUCUCCUUCCUCAAAAUCGUAACGAUCGUCAUCUUCAUCAUCGUCGGCAUUCUCGUAAAUGUCGGUGUUAACUCAGAACACCAUUAUAUUGGCGGAGAGAACUGGCGUAUUCCUGGUGCACCCUUUGUUGGCGGCUUUGGUGGCUUUGCGAAGGUGUUCGUGACGGCUAGCUUCGCAUUCGGCGGAACAGAGAGCUUGGGCAUCACUGCCGGCGAAACGAAGAAUCCCUCGCGCAACAUGCCGCGGGUAGUCAAGUUUGUCUUCUGGAGAAUUAUCUUGUUCUAUCUUCUUAGCAUUCUGCUUAUUGGUCUGAAUGUGCCGUGGGACUACCCUGGUCUGUCCAACAAGACCACAACUACCUCACCUUUCACAAUUGUCUUCAAGGAGAUUGGAUCCAAUGCCUCCGCCUCCUUCAUGAACACGGUCAUUCUCACUUCUGUUCUUUCCGCCGGAAACCAUGCGCUCUUCGCAGGCACUCGCGUUUUGUACGGCUUAGCCGUUACGUCGCCGCAGCCGCAGGCACCCAGGAUAUUCUCUUGGACUACCAAAGCUGGUAUUCCCAUUCCUGCCCUUCUUGCUACUAGCAGUGUGAGCAUACUCUGCUUCGGAAGUAGCUUCAUUGGUAGCGGCCAGCUCUGGAGUUGGCUACAGAACAUCGUGGGUGUGUCCAACCAAAUUGCCUGGGUGUCUAUCGGUCUGGCCAGUUGGAGAUUCCGCACCGCAUGGGUCCGCCAAGGCAGGCCGCUCAGCGAGCUCAAGUUCCGCGCUGCUUGGACAUGGCCUUGGGGCCCUCCGUUCGUUGUCAUCACGACUUUCGCCCUAAUUAUCAUUCAAGGCUGGUCGUCGGUGAUACCCACUUUCUCCGGUGUCGAUUUCGUGUCAUUCUACGUCGAGUUACCCGUCAUGCUUGUCAUGUACCUUGCAUGGCUCUUCAUUAACCGCACACCCGUCCUCAAAGGCAGGGAGGCCGACGCCUCCGAUGCACCACCUUCCCCGUCCACUUCGACACCUGCACCAGUCCCCCGUCGCGUGCGAUGGUUCGGUCUCAUUGAUACCGCAAACGUCGACCUCUUCAGAGACGAGCACAAAGACGAUGUUCAUGACCAGAUAGAAGACCAAGAACGAGACUUAAGACUAAAAGGGCGUGCUCGGUGGCUCUGGCGGCUGUAUUACUAUCUUGCAUAA